AUGGAGUAUGACUCUGCAUCGAAUUGUGAAGGUCAUCUGCGAGAUUGUGAAGCUUCAGACGAUCUCUCACGUUUAAGAGAAAUACAGAAAGUCGAACGAUCAGCCUGCACCACGAAUUCUAUGCCAUGGCAUUCUCUGCAGAUCGUGGCACCACAGCCAAACGUAAUGGAAUAUUACCACAAGUAUUCACAAAAUGCAAAUUUGGAUCAAUAUUUUUCGUUGCCUACAACUAGUACAUCACCCGAAGCAAUUAAAUGUUAUUAUAGUAUAUACGAAGUAAAUCCUAAACUAGAGGCUAACAGACAAGAUUGUAUAGGUGAAGAUUAUAAUUUAAGGACUUCCGUGCCUAGAGAAAGAAGAAGAUGGGUGAGGCCGCCUCUUAUUGGCCAGUCUUCAAAUGCAGAGUCAUCAUCUAGAUACGUUCAACCAUUGUCAAAUCCAGAAUCUCCGUUGCCUGAUUUGAAACAUAUUACACCAGAAACAAUUUUAGAGGAGAAAAAUGAAAGUCAAGAGACAUUGACAGAAGGAGGCAUAGAAAGGAAAAUAUCUUCUCCAACUUCGAGUAUCGCUUCUCACAAGCCACUUGAGUGGGACAGCGGAGCAGACGUUGGUUACUUUAAUCUUGUACCUUGUAAACAAAAUGAUAAGAAAUUAAGUACAAUAGAACGCAUGGCUUUAGCUAGAGGUUGUUCCGCUGCGUUAAGAUUGGAUCCUGAAGGUACUACAGAAUCGGGAAUUUCAGGGAAACUCGUGGGAACUCAGAAAAAUACAACUACUUCUACAGUGCCUGAUGCUAAUUCUACGCCAUUACUGGAAAAUGCAUCAGGAUCAGAAAGUGAGAUUGAGAUUACUCCGAUUGUUAAAAAUCACUUGCCAGGUAUAGUAGCAGGAAACUGCAUAAAAUCUGGCGAGAGAACUCUUCUUAAGGAUCUCAAAGACCAAGAUACUUUUACACAGUAUUUCAAGAAAGAGCACAACCAUGACACUCCAAAAUCAACGUUUACAUCUAAGAUCCCCUUUGUAAAAUCCUCAAGCGAGAUAAGAAAGCUACCAAACAAACAGAAUACGAAUAAAGAAAAUAUAUGUCCUCCUACGUCGCCUUUGAAAAAGAGCACAUCCAUGAAUACGUUAGUUAUACCGGCUUCUAAAUUACCGUUGAAAAGAAGUCAGAGCGAGUUGAAUUUGUACGCUAAAGAUAAGAACAAGGCCGCGUUGCCACUAAUUUUUAAUUCUUCAUCCUCUAUCGCUACUAUUGUAAAUAAACCUUCCACUUGUGAUAAAGUUAUACAGACGAGUCUAUACGCUUAUACUCAAGAAUCCGUUGGCGUGCAAGUCUCGGUUCUCGAUGAAGAGAAGCCGCCGUUACCAAAGAGAGGAACUAGUUUGCAAAAGAGUUCGACAUUAAUGUUAAAGAAUCCAAAGGGAACGUACAAAGUUCAAAAUUUGAAGAAGCACGAAGCCAAUGAAACGCGGAAUGUUGGAAUAAACGAGCGUAGCAAUGAAGUGAAACCAGGGCACAGUUAUUCAGAACCGUCUCAGAGUGGUUCCAUGAGGCAUACACCUCAGCCUGAUGACGUGGAGAAUAUAACCGGCCGAGCAAAUAGUUUCGAGUAUUUCCCUGGUCACGUAUACGAGAACGUUCCUAAUGGAAGCGGUAGCCAUAUCUCAUCUUCCGAGACCGGGAGGUCCCAUUCCACUUUACCUAAUACCAGCUCCAGUAUUAACGAGAAAUUAUGGGGAGAUUCGGACAGCUUGGUGAGGGAUUUAGAACGAAGCGUAAACAUAUUGAAGAGUCUCGUCGAUGCGAAUAAAUGCGACAAAGAGGUUAAAAAAAGACUGAUACAUCACGUAGUCAAGAGAUUAAUUACCGCUAAAUAUACAGAGGACAAAAUCGAACAUAAUCUAGAAGACAAUGUCCCGUGGAAUCCUGACGAUGCCAGGAACAAGGUUUACGGUAGGGAGAUCCUCCGGGCUUUAACGAAGAAGCAUAAUACCAGCGAUUCUUCGAGUGACUGGAAUUUGAGGGAAAUAGCGCAAGGCUUGUCGUCCACGAGAAACAGAAGAAACGUCGCGAAAGAUAUUGCGUUAGAAAGUAGUAGCGAUAAAAUAGACAAAAAUACAGAUAGAACGGAAACUGACGGACGAAAAGCGAGGAUGGGCCUUAGAUCCGACGAUUGUCAUCGGAGCAGCAACACUGUAACCGAUCCAGACAAGAGCGAGAGCUCGGAGUGUUUCUUCCCUCAAAGAACUCGCAAAAGCAACAAAGUUCAAGAUAUAUUUUGUGCAAAAGAAAGAUGUAAAAUUUCGACGAUGACGACGAUGACGACGAUGACGACGACCACGACGACGACGACAACGACGACCACCACCACCACCACCACCACCACGACUACGAUCAACAGUACUCCGCCGGAUCACAACCGGAUGUUGUUGGACGCUGUUGUUAAUAACAGAAGAACUGUCGUUCGUUCGAGCAAUACAGGGGAGCAAGAUGACUGGAGACUGCUCACUACGUUUUCAGAGAGACAGUUUGAACUGAAGAAGUGUGGUAGUUCCGACUCCGCCGACUCGAAGUUGGUUAGCUACGCCGAGAUGGAGAAAAGAAAUCAGUUGAUUUGGAUCACGAAUGAGAUUAGUCAUUUAUGCAACUUGAAGAAAUUGUUGGAAGAAUCGCGGAGAUCGGACAGGCCACGAACGUCUCCAAAGAAAUCGAGGUCAGGGCACUUCAAGAGGAAACCAACGGGAUCAUUGACGCAUCUGCAUGAAUUGUCCAAGAGCGACGGGUCGGACGCACGAGCUGGCUCAGUGGGAGAGCCAUGGUCGUCUCAUUGUAACUUAGCAACUUGUCAAUUUUCCAGUAGAUCAAAUAGUAUCAUCCAACGCAUUAAAAAGCGAAAUAGCUGCGCGCAAACGGCGACCAACGUUACCAGUGCCCUCUCGAAGACCGGCGGUGAAAUCGUGUCUGCAUCCACCUUGCAUAAUUCUACGAUGAAGUUAGUUAGUACGGGGAUGCAAACUGACCCUCAAGAGUCGUCAACAAUUCCCGCUUUGAUACAGUCAGAAAUCGUGCAUUAUGUCAAGUGUCCGGCGCAUAAUGCCAUGCAUUUCCAAAACAGCUACAUGUGCAACGAGCAAGCGAAUCAAUGCUCAAAGUAUCACGCCAUUCAGAAUGUAGUUACAACUUGUAUGCAAUGUUUACAGGAGCAGAAGGAUCAAUCGGGCAGCAUUCAGAAAAUUCAUACAAAUGUAAAAAACUUUCAAGAGGAGAGCCCAGCCGAUUCACAACAGACGUUGUCCGAUCAGACGAAUGGCAACAGCGUUUCUUCGUCCGAGAUAGUCCAUCAUUGUGUGAACAAGGAGGUUCAGACGAGUCCACUUAAGCAGAAGGAAGUGAAGAAUCAAAUAAACGCCUCGAAGUCCAAGUUGUGCGACUGCAAAUGUGAGAAUAAAAAGCUAUUGUCGAAAGGAUGUCAAGCGUGUACUUUGCCGGUAAUUGCGUUGGAGAGUAACAGUGUCUCUAAAUGCGAGGAAUGUCAGAAGAAGGUGCUACACGCGCGCGACAGGAAUGGGGGGAACUUGCAAGAACACAGCAGCACAAUGGCAUGCGAAUGCGAUAACAACCAGUCAACAAAAAGUCGGGCACCAAUGAAACAUAGUUCAAAGUAUUAUCAGAAUAGUAAUAGACACGUGUCGAGCUUGAAUCAAAAUGGCCGGAUCAAGUUGUGCGGAUGCUCGAACGACUGUUUCUGCGAAAACGGCCGCGAGCAGGAAGUUCAGAACGCGAAAGGGUUAUGCAAUUGCCAUCCAAAUGGGAAAACUCAAUGCAAUGGGACCCGCUACAUCCGCGGCGAAGAAGACUGUCCGACUCAAUCGUGGCCUUAUUGCGUGAAUAAUGGGCAGGUUAACGAAACUGCACAGUACAAAGUACAAAGCAAUGCAAAAUGCGACUGUGAGAAAGAUUGUUUCUGUAGUAACCGAGCGAAGAAUAGCGAAGAAUUGUUGCACGGUAGAGUAUGCAACAACGGCAAACCAAAUUACGUGGACGAAGCGAACCAAACCAGUGACUUCGAUACAAAUUGUAAAUACUGCCGUCACUGCGGCGCAGCAUAUCAAAGCGUCAGAAAAUGUAGUUGUUAUCAAACGUAUCCAAAAGCCAUCGCGUACGAAUUAUCGUUCGUGAAAGAGAACGGCCAGAGAAAUAAUGGCCUGGGUGCGUUACUAAAAGUGCCAUUAUCAAAUGAAGGGAAAACGGAUGGCUGUGUUUGCAACAUGAUCAAAAAAGUUAGCUCGAAAAGAAGUUCUCCGCGAAAAUGUACUUUGCAAGAUUAUUUGUCCAAAAAUAAGGCGGAUUUUGUAAAUAAUGCAGAAACGCGGCGACAAUACAUGUCGGAAAUAUCUCAGCUACGGCAACUGCGAAAAGAAAAAAGAAUACAAUUGUUGGCGAUGGCAACCACGUCGAAUGUUAUAAAAUCACCGAGAGCUUCUUCUAAACCAACAGUUUACAUACAGAAAAAGAUGAGCAAGAAAGAGAUGAAGGAGAGACUUCGUAAACGGUAUCUUCGUCUGAACGAAGUGCGACAGAAGCAGCGGCAACUGGAGAAACAGGAAGAGGCACGACGUAACAAACUCAUGGCUAAAAUCUUUUGUAAAAAAUUGCAGCAGAAGGUACUGAGGGGCCAAGUAGAUCUGUCUCAAAGCGUUAGCGUUAUAUCCAACAUGAUACAAAAAAUGACGGCUCAGAUUAAAACCGACGAUUUGGAUCAAAUUAUGGUAGACCAAUUUACGAAUGAAUUUCGUAAAGGGUACAUAAUGGUAAAUGGUUUUUCUAUGCCAGUGAGAUACAAAGAUCUCGCUGAAACGAUCGAGAACUUCGAAGUCAAGGAUGACGACAUUUGGGUUUGCAGUUUCCCAAAGACCGGUUCUCCGCGCUUUUCGACUGCAACAGUCUCAAAGCAGCUCAUCCGGGAAAAGAGUUCAGUCCGUCAGUUGUAAAUAGCGUGGGAUUUGUGAAAGAUAAACCCUCCCCGAGAUUCAUAAAAUGUCAUUUGCCCUUCUGUUUGCUUCCACGCCAGAUACGAACUGGCGAGAAGAAACCGAGAAUUAUUUACGUGGCCAGAAAUCCGAAGGAUACUUGCGUCUCUUAUUAUCAUCAUUGUCAACUAUUGGAAGGCUAUCGGGGCAAUUUCGACGACUUUUGUCGCCUUUUCUUAGGGAACAAACGAUUUGCCUGCGGUGAUAAAGAAAUCAGCUGCGUUCCUCGAUAAAACAUUGUCCGAGGAUCAGGUGGAAACAUUGGCGGAACAUUUGAAUUUCGCCAAUAUGAAAACAAAUCCGGCUGUGAAUUACGAACAAGCCAUCUUACGGAGCAAGCUAUGGAAAUCGUUUAACAUUGAAGGUUCGUUUAUCCGAAGUGGCCAAAUCGGCCAGUGGAAAGAAAAAAUGUCCGACAGCUUGAUCCAAGAAUUUAACAGGUUGACGGAAGAAAAGUUUUCUGACUACAAUCUUAUUUUCUGAAUAAAAUUGUACACCUUCUUCGUAAAUCUUUAGAAAUUGUAUUAACGUUAUAUUGUAUUAAUAUUGCAAUGGAAAAAGUCAUAUAAUAUACAAGAACAAGCGAUAUGACAUUUCGUGAUUUUUUUUAGAAUCUAUUGUAAUGCUUCGCUAUAAUAUCUUUUUGGUUCGAGGCACCGAAGAAUAUUCGGCAUACUCGUUCUACAAAGUUCACCAAUUGUUGCCUUGGUUAUAGGUGUAACGACACUCGUGUCGCUUCCUCUUUCGAUUAAUAUAAUCGCUGCGUCCCUUUUUCUCCAUAAAAUAGCUAUUUGAAGAGCGGUGAAACCCCUACUGUCCCGUAUAUUGACGUCAGCCCCAUGGUCCAAUAAAAUCGAAAGAAUAUUGACAUUCGAGCGGUAUACUGUACAAAUAAUUCUUAAUGAACAUUUAAUCAAUAGAUUAAGCGGACUUUUAUGUGAGAUUUAGAGAUGCAAAAGUGCAGAGAGUAUUUUUGUUCGCAUAGAAAUCUUCCUCCUGAACUUUCUCACCUGAGAUCAUAAGCGGUGUUCGCCCUUGCGCGUCUCUCUGAUUUAUGAAAACGCCGGUAUCUAAAAGGAAUUUUACAUUCUUCGAUCGUUCUCCUACAAUGGCGUAUUGAAGACAACUCCAGCCUCGUCUACAAGUGUGAAUUCGUCAAACAAAAACAUAAUUGAAACAAUUAUUAAUUGUCGUCUUACACGUCCACUUUUUGGAGAUCUGCACCCUUCUUCAAAAGAAUUUGUAACAGUUCCGGGUUUCUCGAGACGUACGAGGCGUACAUAAGUGCAGUUCUACUCCAAGGUUGAGUGAUAGCAUUGUCCAAACCAGUGGAAUUUUUUUCCAACAGAAACGACAGGAUUUGCAGGUCGCCACGAUCAAUAGCUGCCGUUACAGGCGUUUUCAAAUUUGGCGUCGGAUAAUGUAGGUCUAUCGACGGGCUAUAAUCAUGGCCAUAGAAUUAUUUAAUUAUUAUUUACGAAGCAUGCAUGUAUAUACUCACACUUUUGUUAAAAAAUCUUUAAUCCUCCUGACAGUGGCGAAUCUAAGAAGCCAAAUGAAUUGUUCCUCGACUGAAUCUGAGUAUGAAUUAUCGUCUGUUAUUAUACGGAUAAUUAAAAUGUAGUAGUAUAAUACUUGUAUAGUAGUAUCAUUUAUCUUACCAUUUAUUUCAUACUCCAAUUUUGUGUUUGACAUUAUCUAAUAAUAAACUGUAUCUGUUUGUAAAUAGGUACUAUUAGGUACUAUUGAACGUAGUACUAAACGCUAUUUAUAAUACUUGGCUUAGCGCCAGCUCUAAAUCGAUCAAACAUCAUGCGUACUCGUAUAUUUAUGUUUGAUUUAAACGUAAUAUACAUCCACUGAAAGUCAAUAUUAAUGCAACGUCAACAUUGACGCAACAUUUCAUUUAUAAUUCUUUUCCAGUUACCUUUUUCAGUUAACUUUCCAUGAUUAAUUUGAUUUAAUUUAAUUCCUUCAAUUUCUUCAAUUGUACUCGUGAAAAUAUGUAUAAAUUUAUAUACACACCUGCAAUUUAAUAAUUGCACUUCUGUUUCAAUAAAAAUCAGCAUUUAUCUCGUGAAAUGACGUAUUUAGGUACAUGCACCUUCAAUUAUAAAAAAAAAAUCUAGAUGCUCUUUAGUCAUUCAUUGAUUACUAUUCUCCGACAUGUGCAUUGCAUUUUUUUGGUAACUGGAAUGACAAGAGUCCAAUGACACUGUCCUUCCAGUUCAACACGUUCGGGAGAAGCCGUAAACCGACUAUAGACAUUGAAACACGUUCGAGGCACCUCCAAAACACGCAUACUUUCUCUUCGAGGCGGGAACACGUGCCAAGGUGGCUGGAGAGCGGAUAUACUAACCGUUCGAACACUCGAAGUCUACUUUCUAAAGACGGUGGCCAGAACAAGUCGGAACCGCGUCCAUUACGGUGACUGCGUGCCUUUCGUUCCUUUCUCGAGGCUUCGCCGCCCGACUUGCCACCGAGCCUGCAUUUCUCCAUGAAUCUCAGAGGCAACGGGACUAAAAUCGAAUCGUUCAGGAACAAGACCUGAGGCAUUCGCGUCAAUACAAGGAAGAUGAAGUGAUGGCAAAUGUUAUGAAGCGGUGGAUAACGCCUGUUCUUGUGACAGUUCUAACAUGCGUGCUUCUCCCCGUCUGUGGUGUCGACGAGUCAGAUCGCGAGGAAUACAGAGGGAAAUACCUUGGCAAGUUGAACGCGUAUCAUCAUCAAGUUGCUGGCGACGUUUACGUGGUCGAUGAGUACACAUUGUUGUUAACAUCCUUCAGCUACGAUGGCAAUGGAGCCGAUACUUUCUUCUGGGCUGGCGCAUCGAAUCGACCUGGCCCACAAGGUUUCAUCGUGCCUGAUGAAUGGGGCAAAACAAAUGUUCUCGAUCGAUAUCUAAAUAAAGAUUUCACUCUUACCUUACCGGACAAUAAGAGAAUAACUGAUAUAAAAUGGUUCGCUGUGUACGAUCUGGGAAGUCAGAAUACGUUUGGAGACGUGUACAUUCCGGACGAGUUCGAUCCACCUGCACCACAGAAGAUUUCUCAACUAACAAAACGAUCGCACGGAGUGUCUUCGGGUCCCAUUGUGAUCAUAGAUUCAAAAACUAUCAAAAUACCGGAAUUCACGUACGAGGAACGAGGAACAGACACGUAUUUCUGGGUAGGACUUGGCCCACAACCUAAUAGCAAAGGAACGAAAGUGCCUGACGAGUAUGGCUAUCUGGAAUCGAUUCGCACCUACAAAGAAGAAGAUGUAAUCAUUCAACUACCUGGAGACAUGACAGUUUUCAACAUUGAUUGGUUAAGCAUAUUUGAUGUGAAGACCAAGACUAGUUACGGCUCUGUCAUAAUUCCAGAUGGAUUAAACGUGCCUCCUUCGUUAGUAAAAGUGAUCAAGCGUAUGCAGACUCUGCCGAAUUGUAUUCAACUUCACAAACGAUUUCAAGUCGGCUGGGAGAUUUUUGGUCCACAGAUCACUGUCCAAUUAACAGGGCAAAUUGGUGAAGAUGAAUUUAUGGCGUUUGGUCUGUCUGGUUCUGAAACUUCUAGCCAGAUGGAAGGCGCGGAUGCAGUGAUUGCUUAUGUGGACGGUACUAAAGGCUACGCUGUAGAUUAUAACAUUACUGCGAAAGCUCCAUGUGGAAAAGUCCUUGGCCAAUAUAAGGGAGUCUGCAGAGAUGAACUAUUCGGUGCCUUGGAUAAUAAUCAAUUAUAUACUGCGGUCAGAGAGGAUGGGAUUAGUAUUGUUACUUACAGACGAACUCUUAACUCAUCCGAUCCAGGAGACAAAGAAUAUCCUACAGACAGACCAGUCUACGUGAUAUGGGCCUUGGGAAGAUUGGAUGAAAACAAAGAGCCAACUUUCCAUGAUAUAUAUCCCAAGAGCGAUUUGAAGGUGGAAUUAGCUCCUGAAGAACCAGAGAACACGUGUAUGGAUUUUACUGAAAAUAAUGAGAAGCUAAUAGAACCUUGGGAGAAGGUAGAAAUAUUCGAUAGAAGUAUUCGGACGUUCAGAGCCACCAUCGGCCCAUCUGGAGGCAAAAAGGGCUAUCAAGGAAUUACAGGGCAAACGUCUACAGGCUUAGCAUGGUACAUCGAGGGUCAAUUGGCGCCUGAACUAUACUUGCGUCGAGGAUUGACUUACAAUUUCCGUAUCCACGGCGGAAAUAAUCCUCAUAGCCCCAAUCUGUACCAUCCAUUAAUUAUAACUAACGAACCACACGGUGGAUACGAUAAACUCAGCGAUGCAGCACAAAGUACAAUUAGAGUUUUAGCCGGGGUUGAAUUCACCAGAAGAGGGCAACCAAGACCAACAGCAGUUGGUCCACUUUGUUUAAGCAAACAUGGUACACGAGAUAGAAGACUAGAUGAUGAUUUCAUGACGUUUAAACAAUUCAACAGAACAUUAAUGAGCGUGUGCGAGCCAGGUGAAGGCGGUGUGUUAGAAGUUACACCAAACUCUACCUGGCCAGAUAUUGUUUAUUACAACUCAUUUACCCAUGCAAAUAUGGGCUGGAAGAUACACAUAAUGGAUGCUUACUCGAAAAGCAUCGCUGUUACCCAACAAUUAUCGUUACUUGCAGGAACAACGGCUGUGUUUUUUCGUUUGUUAUAAAUAUAGAUAUAAGCUAUUAAGAUUAAUCGUACCUUUUUAUUACACAAGCAUAAAUUGACUGAUUUUAGCAAAUAGAUUUAAAACAAAGAAUUUUAUCAUAUACAGAUGAAAUGUUUGGUUCCUAAGUUGAAAAUGAAUUAAGAUCAGAGAGGGAGAGAGAGAGAUUAAUGUAUCCGAAUGUGCAAACAUAUUGUAAUAAAUAAUAUUUUAAUUGUACGAUGAAUUCAUAAUUUUAAUAAAUUUCGUUUCUAUUGGAAA